CUCUCGGCCAAAGGGAAAAGAGCAGCUCUGGGCUCAGCCAAUCGCGGCUCCGUACACGCUCCAGCACGUGUAGAGGCCGUUGCGCUCGGUGGGUAGUUCGCGUGCGGGUAGGAGAGCUCCCAAUGUAAGUGAAACGCCACGAGCGGAGGUAGCAGAAACGAGGAGGGACUGGCUAAGAGGAGUUACAGCUGUGCUCACAAGUAGAGCCGUUAGUUUUUGUGGAAGUCCCCUCUGUGAGCUUUGAUUUAUUUUUUUAAACUAGUUCAAAUAGCGCUAGCUGUCCUUUUUUAAGAGUCCAACUCUCCUCCGUCCAAAAGAUGAAUUCAUUAGGUAUUUCCUCCAAAUGGCCAUCUUAUGACUCGCUACCCUCCACUCCAAGCUUUCUGCUCAGUGAGACUGAGCAGACUGAAGAUGAGGCUGAAACCUUCUCAGAGGGAGAGGGGGACAGUGGGAUUGGAAAGUUGCCUUCCGCCGAUGAAGGAAUCUCACUUUCUGGAAGCUACAUUGGUUUACCUCCUCAUACCAAUCAGCUGCGUUUGAGAUCUCAGUGUGACCGGUCUGAAAAGUGCUCUGACACGACUAAACCUCCAGGCUCUGCCCCUUCUCCUGAAGACCACACAUUAUCGUCAUCAGUGACACCAGGGGACAUCGCUUUCGCUCAGAAGUGUGCAGAUUUGCACAGGUUUAUCCAUCCUCUCCUCGAGCUGCUUCAUGGUUUAAAGACUGGCCGAUUUGACCGAGGCUUAACCAGUUUCCAGCAGAGUGUUGCUAUGGACAGGUUGCAGAGGAUUCUUGGAAUCCUACAGAAACCUGAAAUGGGUGAGAAAUAUCUUCAGAAUCUGCUGCAAAUAGAGAUGCUGCUCAAAAUGUGGUUCCCUCGGGAGGCGUUUACAUCCACAAACACACCAAACAAGACCACCACACCCAGAGUCGCAGCACACUGGAGCCAAAAUCAGCUCCACAUCCCAGUAAAGAAGAGAAAACUGAGCUGGCCAGACUCUACCCAGGCUGGCAAAGUCCCAGCCAAGCACGGAAAACACGGGAGCUGCCAUGCUGCCUUUUCACUAGACACCAUUUCCACGUGUUGGCGCGGAUCCCGUACAGAACAGAAAACUCCAGAGGAAGAAGCAGACGAAGCAGCUGGGUACAGCUGUAGCUCUGAACACGAGUUUACACACAGGACUGGCACUUUAAGCAGGCCGUCAUAUUUAUGUAGCAGGAGAGCACAUGACAAUCGGAAGCACCCUGAGAGUUCUCCGCCCUCCUCCUCAUGUGGCAGCCCAGCUACACAAGACAGCUCGGUGUCUUCAAGCAACAUCAUUACUAUAAGUGACUCACCUUAGCUGGCCUUAGCUGACCUCGCUAUCACAUGGAGGUGCCUCAGCAUGCCAGCGAGACUGAAAGCAGAGGGCGGACUCGAUUACAUAAGAAUAAAGUUGGGCGUGGAGCCAGUCUGUGAUGCUUAUAAGGAACAUUAAACCAGGAGGAGGAGAACUGUACAGAGAUGGUCAUUAACCCCUAACUAUCCAGUGUUGGGUUUUUAAUGACACCAGAGUUAUUUCAAAGUGUUUGUCUGAAUGGAUUUUUGUAUACAUUGACCUUUAAGUUAAAAAAUGUUGAAAAUACUUUUACAUGUGUUAAAACAGUUUGUGCUGUGCUUUGUACGUUUUCAUAUCAUCGAACGCAGCUCUAAGCAGUAGCAGUACAGGAUUUCAUGCCAUUGAUGAAAAAUGUGUUUGUAGCAGGAAAAAAACGAGUCAGUUGAAUAUAAAAUACUUUAUGAAGCGACGAUUGGUUCCACGGCUGCUUACAUUUUUUUUGCAUUUGCACUAUUUUCCCAGAGAAAAUAGGACAAAUUAAUUAGCGGUUUAGUUUAUCGUGAAGAAACUCACAAAUUGAUUACAAAUAUACCUCAUUAUUGAACUCAGAUGACUCGAAAUUUUAUUUAGGAAAGUUUAAAAAGUAUUUUUUCCAGCUGUCUGAUUGUAGCAUACAGUAGAAUAAAGGCGUGAAGCCGCUGCCAAAAUGUGCCAAAUUAAACCAUGAUGCAUUAUCAUAUCACAAGCAGCUUACUCUAGUGUCGCAGCACUUAACGUACGCUCUUUGUUUUUUUAUCUGCACUUAUUAAGAACAGAUGUAGUCCCACACAGAACAUGACUGACUAGUAAUCACUGAGCCGAGUUAGAAACCAAAGAAGCUCGGUCUUUCAGUUGGUUUUUAUUCUGUAAGCUAGCUGUAGAUAGGUGGACUUGAAAUAUUUUAUUACACUUGACCUUGGGCAUGGGGUCACUUUUUCCUUAUUAGGUGAUUAAACAGGAAUAAUAUAAUAUUUAAUCCUGUGUGACUUUGAAUUGAUGCAACUGCACUUUUGGAUGACAAUGAGGAAAUGUUACACACUAAAGGGUUUGUGAUGUUAUUUAUGAAAGCAGUACUUGAAAACCUUAAUUCCAUUCAGCAGACUUGGUGUGUGUUACGCCUGGGAUGAGCGCUUUACAGGUUUUUGUAGGGGAAAGGGUGGGGGAGGAGGACAUGUCAUUUGAUUGCAGUUGAGCAAAUCUAGCUUAUUAUUCAUACAAAAAAGCUCCAAAUGCAUUGUGUCAUCAUGAGGGCAAAAAACAUCCCUUUGUGCCCUGUUUUAAAUGGAUUUGUAACCCUGGAAGUGCUUUUUUAUUGAGUCAUUAUUAAGAAAUAUCAGGGGGAAUACGAUAAACAAAACACUUUCCAUUCCAUAUCUAUUAAAUACCUUAAUAUUUUUUUGUACCACCAUAUUUUAUAAUCAGGUAUCAUUCAUGUUGAAUGACAUUUCAUCUCUGGUGGGAUCUUUUUGUUUUGGGUUGUUUUUUUUUUUAACCAGUGAGCCUUAUUU